GAGGCUGGGAGACAGGGGUAUGCGCUCCCUUCUUGUCAGUUAAUGGUUCUCCUCUGCGUCUUCUUGACACCCUUCUCCUGAUCCGUAGCAGCUCUCUUCACUUUAUAACGUUCUCUCUCCUUCUCAACGAAGGUCGCUCCCUGUCCACAUGGAGCCUUUCCUUCACCUGUACCGCUGACUGCCACGCUGCUUUGUGUGGCUGCAUGAAAGUUUCUCAAAAAGAGAAGCCUUCCGACUUUUUCUUUUACUUGAUAAGAGCAACCACUGUCUAGUCGUCUUGGGCUGCAGGCAUCGACAUGGCAAUGUUGCUGUUGCUUUUGCAGUAUUACGUGCUGUCGGGUUUUGUGUGCAACGCGAUCGCGUUUGUGGAGGAACCAUCCGGCGGUAGAGCGGACGGCUACUGCGGGAGGAUCCUACGGGCACAGACCCACGGGACCAGGCGUGAUGGGUACCAUGAGUUCCGUCUCAGAAUGGAAGGCGACCCGGAAGCCUACCAGCCGGGCAGCACCUACAGAGUGCUCCUCUUGGCGACCAGCCCUGCAUAUUUCAGAGGUUUUACCCUCAUUGCACUGAAGGAGGGCAAGGAGGGCACUAAAGAUGAUGACUACACCGGUCAGUUUCAGCUCAUUGAUGAAGACGACACACAGUUCAUGACCAACUGUCCCCCUGCAGUGACCGAGAGCACCCCUCGCAGACGCACAAGGAUUCAGGUUUUUUGGACAGCGCCACCAACUGGGAGUGGUUGUGUCAUACUCAAGGCAAGCAUUGUCCAGAAGAAAAUCAUAUAUUUCCAAGAUGAGGGCUCUCUUACCAUCCGGCUAUGUGAGAAAGAACCUGUAUUAGGAGUGGCAACAGCAGACCCUGCUUUGGAGUGUUGCGCCUGUGGAACAGCCAAAUACAGACUCACCUUUUAUGGAAACUGGUCAGAGAAAGUGCAUCCUAAAGACUAUCCCAGACGAGCUAACCACUGGUCUGCACUGAUUGGUGCUUCCCAUUCAAGAGGCUAUGUGCUCUGGGAGUAUGGAGGUUAUGCCAGUGAGGGGGUCCGACAAGUUGCUGAAUUUGGCUCUCCCAUCAAAAUGGAAGAAGAGAUUCGGCAGAAGGGUGAUGAGGUUCUGACUGUCAUUAAAACCAAAGCUCAGUGGCCAGCGUGGCAGCCCCUUAACAUGCGAGCAGCUCCAUCUGCUGAGUUCUCUGUCGACCAGACCCGCCACUUAAUGUCUUUCCUCACCAUGCUCGGGCCCAGUCCUGACUGGAAUGUGGGCCUAUCAGGAGAGGACCUAUGCACCAAGGAGUGUGGUUGGGUCCAGCGGUUGGUGACGGAUCUUAUUCCCUGGGAUGCCGGCACGGACGGUGGUAUCACAUAUGAAUCUCCAAAUAAGCCCAUGGUACCUCAAGAGAAAAUUCGACCUUUAACAAGUUUGGAUCACCCUCAGAGCCCCUUUUAUGACCCUGAAGGUGGCGCGAUUACCCCAGUGGCUAGGGUAGUGGUAGAGCGUAUCGCCAGGAAGGGUGAGCAGUGCAAUGUGGUGCCAGACAGCAUUGAUGACAUUGUAGCAGACAUUGGUCAGGAGGAAAGUGAGAAAGAUGACACCCCUGAGACAUGUAUCUACUCUGGUUGGUCUCCAUGGUCGGCUUGCAGCAGUGCAUCAUGUGAAAAAGGCAGACGGAUGAGGCAAAGGAUGCUUAAGGCUCAGCUGGACCUCAGUGUUCCGUGUCCCCACACUCAAGAUUUCCAGCCUUGCAUGGGCCCUGGAUGCAGUAUGCAGGAGCCAUCGACAUGCAUGAUGUCAGAGUGGAUAAGCUGGUCGGCCUGCAGUGUUUCCUGUGGAAUGGGAAUGAGGUCCAGAGAGCGUUAUGUUAAACAGUACCCAGAGGAUGGAUCGCUCUGCCAACUCAACACAGAGGAGAUAGAGAAGUGUGUCGUCAAUGAAGAAUGCUCAGCCAGCAGUUGCGUGGUGACAGAGUGGACUGGGUGGGAUCCCUGCACUGUGUCCUGUGGGAUGGGCAUGAAAAGGCGUGAACGCAUGGUUAAAAUGCCUCCCAUAGAUGGAUCAAUGUGUAAAACGGAGGUGGCCGAAGUUGACAAGUGCAUGAUGCCAGAAUGCCAUACCAUCCCAUGUAUGCUGUCACCAUGGUCUGACUGGAGUGAAUGUAGCGUCACCUGUGGCCGUGGCUUACGGACCCGCCAGAGGAUGCUUAAGUCGGAUCCUGCAGAGUGCAGUGAGGAGUUAGAGCAGACAGAGAAGUGUAUGCUACCAGAAUGUCCUAUUGACUGCAUGGUCUCAGAGUGGUCUGAAUGGUCAGAGUGCAACAAGUCCUGUGGUAAAGGCCACACCAUCCGAACUCGCAUGGUGAAACUGGAACCGCAGUUCGGGGGCAGCGCGUGUCCUGAGACCAUUCAGCGGAAGAAAUGCAAAAUUAGGAAGUGCCGAUCAAAGCCAAAGGAGGAGAGAGCUGAAGGCAAGAGGAGAAGAAGAGGUAAACAGGGAAGUGAUGCAUUGUUACAGGAACAGUCAGGUUGUGGAAUGCAGCCAUGGACCGGCUGGACAGACUGCACCAAAUCAUGUGGAGGGGGCAUCCAGGAGCGUUUCAUGUUGAAGAAGAAAAGGGCAAGAGGCACUCUGACGGGCAACUGCAAGGACCGCAAGGAAAUACGUGCCUGUAAUGUCAAUCCCUGCUAGGGGGCGCCGUAGCGUUAUACAGGGAAAUACUAAGCUAUGAUAAACGUACCAUGUGUUUUUUAAGGUGUAUUUGAUAUAUACUCUGUGUAUAUUGAAAUUAUGCAUAUAUAUAUACAGUAUAUAUGAAAGAAUAUUGUUUCUAUGUUCACAGAGCGAGGGGGUUGUUUGGUUGGUCUUAGUGAGGUAAAUAACGAGAAAAAGGUGACGUAAAGCCUGUGUGCACCCUUAGCUAACAGGACUGCCCCCUCCCCCCUACAAUUAAUACUUUACAGCACUCCUAAUUAUUAAAGUGUGCUAGCAGUGUAGCUUUCUUGUAUUUUGAGUGCUUUGGCAUUUGGGGCAUGAAACAGCGUGAAGUAUCAGAAACUUGGAUUUGUCUGAUUUAAAAGAAAUUAGGCUUCAACUUGCUAGCAAAACUACCAGCUUUUAUAUGUAGCUGACACAGAUUUAAAUAUUUCAAUAAACUUGUGUGCACAAUAUGUACUUGACAACUCUUUAUAUGGUCCAGUUGCACAAAAAAAGGGUUGUUUGAUGGGAAUAAUCCUUGCAUUAUUCUAAACAUGUUUGUACAUUUUCAAAUAACAGCAAAUUCCUCCAUUGGCUUAUAUAUCGCACAUAGACUGUCCUGUGAUCAUAAAAUUUUCCAAAGUGGCAAAAAAAUCAUUUAACUUUGCAUUCUAAAUUAUAUGAAAUGAUGAGGAGCUCAUUGCCAAAUUAUUAAAUCAUCAUCAAAUUAUCAUCAGUAAAUCAUUUUAUUCUUUUAAAUGAUCAUUUAUCAUGAACUUUUGGUUCAAUCACAUUUAAGUCAAGAAAUCAUCAGCUAAAAUUUAAAGCACAGUAAACCACAUCAGACAUGCUACACGUGAAGGCGUACUUCUUCAUGAGAACACCAAGACUUCAUGAAGACUAAUAGUUUGGUUGUUUUUGUUACCUAACCAUCAUUUAUGUGUAACAGAUGUAAUGAUCAAUAAUUGUUACUUCUUACAGUCAUUUAAAAUGUGGUCUUUUAUUGUAAACAUUAGUAUGUUUCAUUGCUGUUAUGUCAUAUCAGCCAGAGUAGCAUUGAAACUGCAAUAUUUCUAUUUGACUUUAUUUUAGCAUGUACAGUCCUUUUUUUCCAAAAGUGAUAACAAUCCAUCUUAUAACUUACUUUAUCAGUCUGCGAAAAAAAAAAAAAAAACACACAAUUCAAAGUAUCAUGUUAUUUACAUUGUUGUCUUGUCAAAUUAAUUGCAAAAUGUGUUUUGGCCUUAAUUAGGCUUAGGUUUGUAGUGUAAUUUUUAUUGAUAUGUGCUAUUAACAUCCAGUGUUAUUUAUCAUGACCUCGGAACCUAUGUUGUCACCUUUUUUCUGUAUUGAAAAGUGUGUCUUUCAAAUCUUGUAUUACUACAGGCAUUUUUUGUGGGGAAAUUUGUCAAAUAUUACUCUUUUUGUUAGGUUUAAAUCUUUUUUUUAAUCUUAUUUUGUGACUUCUUUUUGUAAGAAACCACAUUUGCAAUAAAAACAAAUAUUGGGACUGUA